CGUUGUUGUAGGCUGUAUACCUCUGUUGGCUUACAAGUAAGGGGAGAUACUGAGAUGGAGGCGUACUCAGAGGAGGACCUGAGGAAGCUGAUCGCUUCCUUCCGCGAGGGUCUUGAGCUGUAUAACAAAACGCUCUCAGAAUCGCUUGAAGACGUGAGAAAUGAGCCAUUGGAGAACCCAAACAGUGAACUGUCCAAGCUGGCGCAGCUGCUAUACGCCCAUGCCACGAAGAUUGGGAUUGCGUUCAGACCACCUGUGAGCAUCAAUGCGAGCUAUGAACAGCUGCGAGAGACUUCGUCGAAACUGCUGCUGAUUGUUGGGCUGGUUGCGCAGUUUGAGCCUCGAGCAUGGUCCCAGUUGUACCAUGAUGAGGUAGUGUCACAGGUACGGGAGGUGAUCAGUGCCUUCAUAACGUUGUUGGAUGAGCUGGAGCAGUUGGACUUCACGGACGAUUCCAGCGAGAACAGCGAAGGAAGACUGAUCUCUGUCGGCAAGGUUUGGGAUAGUUGUAAGUCACUCGAAGAACUGAUGUCGUUGGGAAACAUUGGGCUCUUGAGUAAACAGAUCAAGUUGAGCAUCGGUAUCGUGGAGGAUGCUUCCUCAGAGCUAUCAGAAUGGCUGCUUGAUCCUUAUGUUGAAACGGAUAUUCUCAUCGGCCAGGAUAAAGAGGGAGAAGACGAUGACGACGACGAUGAGGUUUCACAUGAUACACUCGAAUUCGCCAACCAGUGGAUAACAAAGGUCAAGAUGCUCAAGCUGCUGUUGAGUUCCCUUGCCAAGUCAUUACCUACAAAGGUGGCUGAUGGAUCUUUGCUUGAUCAGUUCAACAAGGAACAGAAGAGUCUGUCUGCAAACGUUGAUGACCUCGUGUGCGAUAUCUUUCUAAACCAAGAUAAGGAACAAUUGGAUCAAAAUGCGCAAAGGGUUCAAGAUCAGAGUAAACUCCUCAUCAAGUUAGUAAGAGACCUGAACAAAGGGGACGAUAAGAAGACCAUGUGGUUAGACCUUUGGCUGGAGAAAUUUCAACAUUAGUAUACAAUAAAUAGACCGUCAAUUGAGUUAUAAUCAUACACUACUUCUAAGGAUUGGUGUUUUUUUGUCAUAUUCUAUCUAAUGAUCCACCCAUGAAUAGCAAUAUCACCAUUCAUCU